AUGGCUAGCCUUCAGGACAACACUCUGAGGAUUGUUCUGGUGGGGAAAACCAGAAGUGGAAAAAGUGCAACAGCAAACACGAUCCUUGGGAGAAAGGAAUUUGAUUCUAAAAUUUCUGCCCUUGCUGUUAUCAAGUCCUGUCAGAAAGCAGAGCGAUAUUGGAAGGGGAGGAAACUUCUUGUCGUGGACACCCCAGGGCUAUUUGACACCAAGGAGAAACUGCAGACCACCUGUGAGGAAAUCAGCAGGUGUGUCCAAUUAACCUACCCUGGGCCUCAUGCCAUCAUCCUGGUUCUACAGCUCGGCCACUACACUGAAGAGGAGCAGAGAACAGUUGCAUUGAUCAAGGCCUUCUUUGGGAUGGUGGCCAUGAAGCACAUCAUCGUCUUGUUCACUCACAAAGAUAAUUUGGGUGAUAAGAUAAUGAGUGACUUUUUAGAUGAAUCAGUUGUGAACCUACAAAACAUCAUCAAGGAGUGUGGGUACCGCUUCUGUGUCUUCAAUAACAACCAGAAUGCAGAUGAGGCUGAUAAGGAAGCUCAACUGCAGGAGCUGGUGGAGCUGAUAGAGGAAAUGGUGCAGAAGAACGAAGGGGCUCACUUUUCUGAUGCCAUAUACAAGGACACAGAUGAAAAGCUGAAGAAAAUCUAUGCUGAGAAAUUGGAGAUGGAAAUUAAACUAAGAGAAGAGCAAUGUGAUCAGGGAAAAAUAUCACAGGAAGAAAAAGAGGAAGAAAUAAAAGUGCUAAAGAUGAAGUAUGAAGAACAAAUUAAAAAUAUAAGGGAACAAGCUGAAAGGAAUAUAUUUGCAGAUAUUGUACAAAGGAUUUGGAAUAUGCUUUCAAAUCUAUGGCAUAGCAUUUUCAAAUAG